GACACAAGGUCACUACUACGUACGAUAAAAACAUGUGGAAUGUAUAAAAAGAUUUAAGUAAGUCGUGACUCUUGUCGAUAAUAUGAUGGUGAAGUUUGUGUUACUUUAAGGAGCAUUGUGCAAAUAUAAUGUUUAUGUGAUAAAGAGUACUUAACUUGAAAUCAUUUACUUAGGAAUAUAUUAUACAAAAUGAUAGAGGGAUACGGUGCUGUUACCCAAGCCCUUUUAGGGACUCUUUUUACAUGGGGUUUAACUGCUAUUGGGGCCGGCUGUGUGUUUUUUAUCAGAGGAAAACAUAGGAAAUUACUUGACGUGUCAUUGGGUUUCGCUGCGGGUGUGAUGACCGCAGCGUCAUACUGGUCUCUGCUAGAGCCAGCUAUUAGCAUGUGUAAAAGUUCAAGUAAUUAUGGAUCUGAGGGGCAGUAUGCAUUUUUACCAGUUGCAUUUGGAUUCCUGUUUGGAGCUGUGUUUGUUUUUGGAACUGACAAGUUCCUGGAUUACUUAGGAAUAAACUCGACCAACAUGAUGAUUACGAUAACGAAAAGUAAAGAUUCUAAGGAGAAAUUGGAAGACCUGGAGAUGAUGACAGCUCUGAACAGGCGGCCGUCGAAUCCGACCAGCGUGGUCACCAUGGAGCAGCCCGCCGACUUCGCGGACUGUAUCAGCAACCAGCACACUGCGCAGCGCCGCAGAGGACAUCACCACUCACAUCACUCGCUGAAAGUGGGUGAGAAUGGUGAAGGUGACCGUCGUGAUAGCGUCACGCGGUCGCUAGAAGCGCGGCAGUCGCAGUGGAAGCGAAUCAUGCUCCUCGUUGUGGCGAUCACCGUGCACAACAUACCUGAGGGGCUCGCCGUCGGAGUCUCGUUCGGAGCCGCCGGUUCAUCGGACGAGGCGUCCUUCCACACGGCUAGAAAUCUGGCGCUGGGUAUUGGCAUCCAGAACUUCCCAGAGGGUUUGGCUGUCAGCCUCCCGCUACAAGCUGCCGGCUUCUCCGUAUGGAGGGCAUUUUGGUACGGUCAGCUCUCUGGCAUGGUGGAGCCAGUGUUCGGCGUGCUAGGUGCGGUUGCCGUGGCGGCGGCCCAGCCCGCGCUGCCCUACGCGCUCGCCUUCGCUGCUGGCGCCAUGAUAUACGUCGUAGCUGAUGAUAUUAUACCAGAGGCUAAUGCUUCCGGUAACGGCAAGCUGGCGACGUGGGGCUGCAUCAUCGGCUUCGUGGUGAUGAUGUGCCUGGACGUCGGGCUCGGGUAACCGCCCCUCGCCCCUCCUCACGCCGUGCCUUCAUCGCCGACUUAUGCUGACUAGUAUUACCGAUCUAAGAUAAACCCACUACCCCUGUAAGUUAAUGUAGAUAUUUUUGUAUAAACUCAUGUGAUCAUCAACCUCUCAACUUUGGAUACACGAAUAUCUAUAUAUAUUCCAACUGAACCAAAUCAAAUGAUUCCCAACAUGUGAUAUUAUUUUAAAGUAAUUCCAUUACAACCAAAUUGUUUUAACGCAGAAUCUAUCCAUAAUUCAAUUGCAUAAUGAAGCGAUCUCAAGUUGUUUUAACCGGUCAUUAAAAGGUUAGGAAUCCAUCGGUCGAAAUAGUUACACGGUACGCCGAGUGUGUACGUGUCUCAAAUUUUGUACGUUUUCUAUAAUUGGUUGUAUUCAGUACUCUAAUUGGCUCGCUACAGGUAGCGGCGGCGUACACAUGCCGAUGAUACUUAACUAACAAGCUAAGCUCAGUACCUAUCAAAAGAAAAAGUUCCCAUGUUUGUCAUGAAUGUCAAUUGUAUAAAAAAUCAUUUAGAAACGUCAUUCUGAUUAGGAAUGGAAUCAUGCUCUAUUUAUGUACAGGUUGAUGUAGCAGUAAAUUUUAUUGUUGAGUAAUCUUUACUUAAAUAUGAAUAUUAAAUAAAGUUCCAAGUAUCGCCUUACGAUCGCAACUCCUGGGGAUCGUAUGACGAGUCGUGUUCACUGUGUUUUAUUAUACUUAACGGGAUCUUAUGUUUACCAUAUUUGUAGGCAAUACUUCAUAAACCCUUAGAAAUUAUCUCUGAAAUGGUAAAACAUAAUUAUGUAAUAAUUUGUAGCUAUGGAACUUAGCUGUCGCCAAAUUAUUUAUAUACAUAUGGGUGGAAUUCAUUGUAAAUAUGUAAAGUGUAAUAUAUUGUGCGUGGUCCGGUGAUCGUGCGUCGCCGCGGCUGCUCAGAUGUACUGACAUCCGUAUUAUACACGUGUCAAUUGGUUUGAAUGUAGAUUUAUUUCUAUGAGAGAUAGCUUCUGCUUGAAUACAGUAGUUGUAUUAAAAAUAUACAAGAAAUGAUUGUUCUACCAAGUGUUCAGACUGGGAGAUGUUUGCGAUUUAUUUUGCAGUGCACGUAAAAGCAGUUGUACCUACCAAAUAGGUACUAUUAGGUGCCAAAACACAUAAUUUGUGUUUCCGUGUAAGUACUAAACGUACGCUAGAAAUGUCUUUGCUAAACAAACAAACCCUCAGAAAGUCUGCUUAUUUACGUUUGUUCGUCGUUAUACCAGAACGAGUAUCUAGUUAAACAAAAAGUGUUUCAAAUAUUCCAAAAAUGAUAUUAAUGUUAUAUAUAAAAAUAUUGUAUAAUUAGUACUUGUAAGAUAUUAUUAUGGUAUUCCGGUGAUUAUGGUUAUAAUAGUUAAAUUUAUGCGUAGUUACGAAUUCCACCCGUUUCUGCGUCCCAAGUGUUGUUCUCGUGGUCUCGCAUUAGUUGUUGUCUUGUCACUUUACUACGAGAACAACACUCGGGGGUAAUUUAGUUGAAUUUAAGCUAAUACUUUAAGGCCUUUGUUCGUCAGUUAGCCGACAGCACAUAAUGUCAUCUAAAGUUUCCCUGAUACAAGUUAAUACUAAUUUGUUAUUGGAAACAUCGCUAUCGAUAAAUAUCGGUUAAAAACAAUGAAUUAGUUCGGUCAUACAUAAGUAUCAACAAGGGCCUUAGAUUAAUUUUGUAUCGGAAUAGAUAAAAAAGACAAUAUCAAUGUUUUAUAGAAAAUAACAUUAAAUAUUAAUGUAUAAUAAAUUAAUUUGGAAAAUGUACGUUUGAGUACAUACUGCAUGCAUUUAGAGGUAAGUACCUAAGUAGGUAGUGUGAGUUUUCGGUCAAUUUUAAUGUAAAGCAGUUGAAUUAAAAAAAAAUCGUUAAUAAUGUAACAGUGGACGUUACUUUGCCUCGAAAUAUAUUGAAGAAAUGAGUACUUAAGUCUUAAUCGUAUUUAAUACAAUGGUAUACAAAAGGUACCAGAAUAGUACCAAAGUGUUGGAGCCCACAUGCUUGUUCAAAACUCGCACUACUAUAUCUAAGAAUACGCUUCGGCCAUAGAUUUCCCAAAAAUAUAUUUUUAAAAUGAUAAAUUGAAAUCAAUAUUAUGUUUCCCAAAGUUGAAUAGAUAUAGUUUAAUAUUUUUGCAUUUAUUCAAUAAUGGUUGAAUAUAUUGUCACAAUAGCACAAUAUUUUAGUUUUGGUUUCAUUGUUACUUAAAAUUAAUUUAAUUGUUUUAUAUUAUACAAAAUGCAGUGUCA